CAAAAAUACAAUUAACGUUUUGUUUAAUUUAAUCGUUGUCUUAUUGUAGUACGUUCUUGUAGUAACGGUACGGUAUUAUCUCGUUAGCAUAUGCUAGCGUACAUUUGCUCCUUUUUCCCCACCCUCACUUGCUAACAAGUUUCCAAGGUUAGCUAGUUGUAUAUUUGGAUUAGUUUACCUCACUUGUAGGUCUGUCAGUAGUAAACUAGUAAACAUAGCUAGUUGGUUAGGUAGAUAGUGUGGGGAGAUGGACGGCCCUCUUGUUGCCACGCAACUGCUGUCUCUUACCUAACAGUAACACCUGUGAAAAGGUGAUCUCUGUAACCUCAUCAGAGGUUAAGAACGGGUUGGCAGAUCCUGGGUCACAGUGAUGUCACCUCUCACCCUCCUGACUCAUUCAGCCUCCUGCCUUGGCAUUUAGAAAUCUCUCAAGAGACACAGAGAGAGAGAGAGAGAGCGCGAGAGAGAGAGGGUUAAAUUUAAAACCGUUCCCCUCCAAAAAGGGUGUUUGUCAUGCUCAUUCAUUUCAUGAAGUUGACUGACAACAGACAAUAAGCACCUUUAACAGGAGACUGUGCCCACUGAUCUCUCCCACACGGUUCACUGAUACACAGGACGUCUCAACCCGUCAGUCUCCCACAGGUCUAACUAUGGACACCCUUAAAACCAACUUACCAUCCCAGUUAAGCCCCUGGAAUUGACCUGGCACUACCGAAACAGAGUCCGCGCUAGACAACAAACAGGGACGAUGUUCAGACAGUCCGAUGCCUCGUCCAAGAGACGUCACGGAGGACACGCUGGAGGCGGCAGCCUCUCCGCCUUACCCUCUGCUCCCCCUCCUCACCCUCACCAGGGUGGGCGUCUCCGAGGGGUGGAGGUGGCCCGGGGUCGGGCGGGUUAUGGCUUCACCCUCUCCGGCCAGGGCCCCUGCGUCCUCAGCUGCGUUCUGAAAGGAAGUCCGGCGGACUACGUCGGCCUGCGCCCUGGUGACCACAUCCUGUCCGUCAAUGACAUCAGCGUCGCCAAGGCGUCGCACGAGGACGUGGUGAAGCUCAUCGGCCGAUGCACCGGGGUCCUGCACCUGGUCGUCGCCGAGGGGGACCGGGGAGGCCGUCGUCACGGACACGGCGGGCGCAGCGGCAACCGCCGCGGAGGCAACAGCUCCGGGAGUCCCGCCGGGGCAAACGCGCGGCCCGCUGAGUCGUGCUCCAGUGACGAGGAGCUGGGCGGUUUCCACGGCGCCGGCGGGAACAACAACAACAACGUGAGGUCCGGUUCCCGUGGGGUCGGAGCAGGAGGCGGAGCAGGGGGUGGUUGGUUCAAACCCAAGCUGGACUCUAAGACGCUGGGCAUCAACCGGGCGGAGAGGGUGGUCGCUGAGAUGCAGUCGGGGGGAAUAUUCAACAUGAUCUUUGAUAACUCCUCCCAUUCCUCCAGCAGCUCGGAGAAAGACAGGGUUAUCGCUCCACCUCCCCGAGCCUCCUCUUCCUCCUCGUCUGCGUCAGCCAGGCCAGCAAGGCCCCUGUCGGAGCCAGAGUUUCUGCCAUACCGGCCGAGCCGGUGCCAGUCCCGUAGUAACCCCAACCUGCUGUCUGAAGAGGAGAUGGACCGGGUCCUGAUGAAUGACGACUCCGUCUUCCUGGACACCUUUCACCUACAGGAGACUGAGGGCCAGGUGGAGGGGGAGGACUUCGGCCCGGAGCCCAGUGAAGGCAUCCUGAACGUGGGUAUGAUGGUGGGUUAUCUGGGCUCCAUAGAGCUGGCCUCCACUGGCGCUAGUCUGGAGAGUGACAGUCUGCAGGCUAUCAGAGGCAGCAUGAGGCGACUACGGGCCGAACAGAAAAUACACUCUCUGGUGCUCAUGAAGGUAAUGCAUGACUGCGUGCGUUUGUGUAGCGACAGGGGACAAGUCCUGGCCACUUACCCUGCUGAGAAGCUAGCUUUCAGUGCCUGUUGCCCCGACGACAGACGCUUCUUUGGACUGGUUACCAUGCAGGCCACCUACGACGACGACGGUCGCUAUGGCAACAUUAACAGGGAGGAAGAGGGCGGGCUGAGGACUUCCUGUCAUGUGUUCAUAGUUGACCCUGAACUUUGUCAUCACCAGGUACAUUUGGGCGUGGCCAGGAGGUUUGGGUUUGAGUGCACCCCUGAUCCCGAGACAGGUGGCUGCCUAGAGUUCCCUCCGACCUCCCAGCCUCUGCUCCAGUUUGUGUCGGUGCUGUACCGGGACAUGGGGGAGAACAUUGAAGGGGUCCGGGCGCGGGCCUUCAUAGACCCAGACAAUGACCCCCAACAGAACCACAGCACCAGCAGUAACAGUGACAGUGGCAUCGGUAACUUCCUGCCAGAGGAGAAGAAUAAUAGAGUGUUAUUGGUCGACCUGGGAAGCCACACCCACAACCCAGGACCACGUCACUGGGACAGCCCGCCUCCUCCGCCCCCCAUGGCCAUCGCUGGCCCCGCCCUCCCGCCUCCACCUCCCCCGCACCGCAACGGCUAUCGCCUCGACCCCCACCUCGCCGAUCUCCCUCACCCGCUCCCCCCCGCCGUCCCUCCCCGUGGGGCCCACCCUUCCCAACCCCCCCACCAUCACUACCCUCCGGGCAAGGGGGAGCGCAGCCUGGCCCAGCCCCAGCACCACCAGUCCCAGCGCUGGCUGCCGGUGCACGUCCUGAGAGACUGGAGGCAGCAGGAGCAGGGCCGAGGAGGCGACGCCCAGGGGCAGGCUCACGGACCCGGGCUGUGGAGUGACCAGGAGUCCUACGCAGAGUCCACGGACGGCUGGUCUUCCGCCAACUGCAGCACCCUCCCGCCGCCCAUGAGCAAGAUACCGGCUGACCGCUACCGAGCCCCGAUGCCCGCCGGGGAGCUGCCCCUGCCUCCCCCGGCCGCCCGGCUGACCACGCAGGGGGACGAGUGGGCCAAGAAGCUGUUUUGUGCCGCCGGCGGGGGGAGGCCCGGGGACGGCGAGAAGGGAGCGCAGGAGGGGAAGAGACGCGGCAACAGGAAGGACGGGGAGAAAAAGGCUGGUCGGUUUCGCGGCCUGACUAUGGGUUUUCCUCCCCUACCUCAGCGCUCCUCUGGAAGAAGAUCCUUCGGCCGUUCCAAGCGCAUCAGCCUGGCGCGCUCAUUGGACGAUCUGGAGACAGCUGCAGUCUCUGAUGGAGAGCUGAACAGUGUGGACCUGCAGGGUUGUGGCAGUGACAACAGCCUGAACAGCAAUGCCAGUCUACCCAGCGUCCAGUGUCACCGACGCCACCCUGAGAGGCGUGUGGCCAGCUGGGCCGUUUGCUUUGAGAGGCUGCUGCAGGACCCAAUCGGAGUCAGAUACUUCUCCGAGUUUCUGAAGAAGGAGUUCAGUGAAGAGAAUAUUCUGUUUUGGCAGGCCUGUGAGUUCUUCAGUCAUGUCCCUGACAAUGAUAAGAAACAGUUGACCCAGAGGGCCAGGGAGAUCUACAGCAGCUACCUGUCCGCCAAGGCCACCACGCCGGUGAACAUCGACAGCCAGGCCCAGCUGGCCGAUGACAUCCUCAACGCGCCGCGUCCCGACAUGUUCAAGGAGCAGCAGCUACAGAUCUUUAACCUGAUGAAGUUUGACAGCUACACCCGCUUCCUGAAGUCCCUGUUGUACCAGGAAUGUAUGUUGGCAGAGGUGGAGGGCCGGCCCCUCCCUGACCCCCACCACGUCCCCAGCUCCCCGACGUCCAAGCACAGCACCAGCUCAGACCGCUCGAACCUCUCCACGCCCAAAAAGGAUGAUAAGAAAACUAAGUCGGGCCGUUCUCUAAAUGAGGAAAAAGAGAAGGACGAUGGCGGAGGAGAUAAGAAAAAGAGUACGUUCUUUUCCUGGUCGCGGAACCGGAGCUUCGGCAAAGGCCCUAAGAAACGGGAUCUGGCCGACAUUAACUACAACUUCUCGGGCAGUAACGGUCGUCGGGAAUCACAGGGCUCCAUGUCUUCUGGAGCCAGUGUUGAACUGGGAACGCCUGGAUCAGGAAAGAACGAGUGUGGCUCUGUGGACAGAGAGAGAGACCGGGAGAGAGACCGGGAGAGAGACCGGGAGAGGGGUGGUGAAGGCACCUCUCUGCGUCAGUGUAAUAUCAACCUGCCGGACGGGACAUGUUGCACGGUUCCGGUCCGGUCUGGGGCCUCCAUCAGGGAGGUGCUCCUGGGCCUCUGUGAGACGCUCUGCAUCAACCUGGCUGCUGUGGAUCUCUUCCUGGUGGGGGGAGAGAAGCCCUUGGUUCUAGAUCAGGAUUGUAUGACUCUGUGUUCUCGGGACCUCCGCCUUGAGAAACGCACUCUGUUCAGACUGGACCUGGUUCCCAUUAACCGCUCAGUGGGUCUGAAGGCCAAACCCACCAAGCCCGUCACCGAGGUCCUCCGUCCUGUUGUGGCUAAAUAUGGCCUCCACCUCAGUGACCUGGUCGCACGCAUCAGUGGGGAGAAGGAGCCCUUAGAUCUGGGUCUGCCGAUCUCUAACCUGGAUGGGCUGAGAGUGGUGCUGGACGUAGCUGAUAACACACCUGGAAAAGACAAACAGAAAGGGCCUGUGUCUAAACCCAAUGCCCCGCCCACCACUGCUAGGAACCUGCCAGCUACGGGGGAUGAGAGGGCAUUGGGGAAACCCCUCGUCAACGGGAGCAAGCCCUCCUCCUCCUCCUCCGCCGCCCGCGACGACCGCAUCUUACCCAGCAGCCAUCAUGACGCCGUGGCGCCUGACAGGGCCCCGCCCCCUGAAAAGAGAAAGCAGAAAAAGAUUAAUGUAGACGAAGCUGAAGAGUUCUUCGAGCUCAUAUCCAAAGCUCAGAGCAAGCGAGCAGACGACCAGAGAGGUCUGCUAGACAAGAGUGACUUGGUGCUCCCCGACUUCCUCCGAGUCCACCACACAUCUUCAUCGCCUUCAGCCCUCCCUCCCGCCUGCUCCACCCCGCACCGCCGCGACGGCCAUACCUACGACAGUGGAAACGACUGCGCCCACGAGGACGACGCCGGCGGUGGUCGCCGUGGCAACAAAGAGAAUGGUGUCAAAGGUGGCUCCAUGUCUGUGAAGACCACCUGCCAGCUGCAGAACUCAGACUCCGGAACGGGUGGAGGAGGACAGAGAGCAGGAGGGGGAAGACGAGCACUCCUGCCCCCCUCCCACCAUAAAAGACCUCCUCCCCCCUUCCCCAACAGCUUGUCCCCGAUCCCGCCCCCCUCCCAGGGCCAGCAGCACCUACAGGUUCAACUUAUCCCAGAAUGCAGGGGCAGGAACUCUGUGGAGAUGUUGGAGGAGGAGCCUCUGUCUGAUCUGACCCUGGUGGGUGAAGGGGACAUCAACAUCCCCAGCUCCACCCUCCUGCCCCGCUCGCCCCGCCCCCUCUCCUCCAGCCACGCCCCAACACAGAACCCCCCACGCUGUGGCUGGCCCAGCUCAGAUGAAGACAGAAUUGGAAACAGAAACAGGAGGACAGAGGGGGACAGAGGAGCCAGGAGAGGAUCGCCACCAGUCUCCAACCCACCUCCUCCUGCUCCUCGCUCUCGUAAAUCCAAAUCUCCCUCACGCCCCAACCGAGCCCGGCUAGAUGUGGACCGAGUCCGAACACGCUGCCCUGAGACGGAUGAUUCCAGAAGGUUCCGGGAUGUCAGAGAUUCCGAGCUGGGCCGGAACUGGGAGGGUGUGGCUUCGGAACUCCAUCGUCGUGGUAGCAGGAUGAGGACGGGCGUGUGCCAGGCGACGGAGCUGGUCGACACCAAGGGCCAAUCGGAGCAGAGGCAGAUUGGCAAGAGUCAAUCCGGGGGGAAACGUAUAGGCAGGAGCCAGUCAAUGGAGAGACGGGUCGGCAGGAACCAAACGGGGGAGCGACGGAUUGGCGGCAGCCAAUCAAGAGAGAGACAAAGUGUGGCCAAUGGGAGCAAGUUUCAAGCCACCUUUGUCUGAACGUAUUCUUAAAUUUACUCUGGGU